GAUAUCGGAUUUAUCCGGUCUUGGCUGCUUCGGUUCAGUUCGUCGAUAUAUCUUCAUGUGUUUUUUUGAGAGUACCUGGUGCAGCUUACAGGUGUAAAAGCCAAAGUACACCAAGCUAUAGUUCGCGUCACGCGUACUGUUGUCUGGUGAAGUUAGAAAAAUCGCUUUUGAUUGGUUAUAUUUUCGGACAGAGGUUAGUGGGAUUAGGUUAUGUCACUCUCGGCCCGUAACCUGUUUUUAAAUGUCCAUUCAUUCCCGCUGCGUGCACGCUGCACGGCUUGCGAUUGGAAUGCAUCGAGUGUGAACGUGAACUACGAAUUGAAGGCGAAAGACUAGCUGACGAGGAUAUUAUGGCCUGAGUUGGAACUAGUCGAAACAUGUGAAAUACGGAAGAUGGUCCUCACGCAGCGCAAAAUGAAACAAGCCGCGUUUUUCAUCGUAUGCAUUCUAUUGGUUCUAGGCUUUUACAAAGGUUGGGCAAAGACUGUGGAGGAACAAUCUUUCAACGAUAAACGGCUCCGCCAAAUCAAGCAGAACGAGAACAGUUUGAACGAGAACAGUUUGAACGAGAACAGUUUGAACGAGAUUGAACCUGAAGCCAUUGAGAAGAUGAUGGAGAUGGAUAAUGACGUUCCUUACAUCGAGAUAAAUGAUCUUCAAGAAGCAAACACUAGGAUACGGGAACUUGAGGAUAAACUCCAUCGAAUUGAAGCAAAAAUUGAAAGCAGAGUACCUAAAAAUUUCCCCACUGUUAAAUUUCUAAAUUACAAGAACCGAAAGAGGAUUUUAGUCACUGGAGGAGCUGGUUUCGUUGGCUCGCAUCUCGUCGAUCGCCUAAUGCUUGCCGGGCACGAAGUCAUUGUAGCAGAUAAUUUUUUCACUGGUAGAAAACGAAACGUCGAACACUGGGUGGGCCACGAAAAUUUCGAACUGGUUCAUCAUGAUAUAGUUAGACCUCUUUACUUAGAGGUGGAUGAAAUUUAUCACUUAGCUAGUCCUGCAAGUCCACCGCAUUACAUGCAUAACCCAGUAAAGACAAUUAAGACUAACACUGUUGGGACUAUUAAUAUGUUAGGACUGGCGAAAAGAGUUGGUGCCAGGGUCCUUAUUGCUAGUACAUCAGAGGUUUAUGGCGAUCCUGACGAACAUCCACAGUCUGAAACUUAUUGGGGUCACGUUAAUCCUAUUGGACCCAGAGCCUGUUAUGAUGAGGGUAAACGAGUAGCAGAAACGUUGAGCUACGCCUACAUGCGACAGGAAGGAGUUUCAGUCCGUGUAGCUCGCAUCUUCAAUACUUUUGGCCCGAGGAUGCAUAUGAACGAUGGCAGAGUUGUGUCGAAUUUCAUAUUGCAGGCCUUGCAAAAUGAUUCCAUCACAAUUUACGGAAACGGAAAACAAACACGCUCAUUCCAGUACGUCUCUGACUUGGUUGACGGAUUGGUUGCCCUGAUGGGAUCGAAUUACACUUUACCAGUAAACAUAGGAAAUCCUGUUGAACAUACAAUCGAAGAGUUCGCGUCAAUGAUAAAAGACCUGGUUGGAGGGACCAGUAAAAUCGUGGAGCUUGCGGCAGUUGAAGACGAUCCGCAGAGAAGAAAACCGGAUAUUUCCAGAGCGAAAAAAUAUUUGGACUGGGAGCCGAAAGUCCCGUUGUCCGAGGGUCUUAAACAGACGGUUGCGUAUUUUAGGAAAGAAUUGCAAAGGACCAAACACUCACAGAAAGACGACUUUAAGACAAAAACAAAAACGUCGUUAAAGAAUGACCACGACAUAAUCGAACAGCUGUAAAAAUCUUUGAAUGAAUAAAGUAGGACGACACAAAAUUCAUGAAUGAGCAGCUAACUGUAAGCGUGAGGAUAAUAUGCCAUCUUCACUGUAGAUGGGCAAACCAUUAUGUGCCAAAUAACGCGCCGUCCAACGACAGUAAAAUCGAUUGAAAAAAUAUACAUUAAAUUCCAUCAAAACCCACCGAGGAUUUGACCCUACUCCGCUAUGCUAGUAAUUUUAGUCGUAGUCGCUUGUUUUUAACAAUAUCUUCAUGUAUUUCGAGCGACAUGGACAAUGUAGCAGAUGUGGAGAAUGAUUUUUUUCCCUAAGGAGGAACGUCGUGAAA